AUGCCAAACUUCAACCCCAAUGCAGCGCCCUUUAUCCCGACGUUUAUGCGCCAUUCGGGUGCCACAGGAGUGGCGGCAGCGGCACCGGAGGCGGCAGGAGGUGCAGCAGAAGGCUCUGCUGGUGCUCUGGGCGACGGCAACAAGAGUGCUUUUCUCGCCUCGUCACACGCUCAUCCUGUUGUCUUCCUCAUGUUUGGCUGCCGUGGCGCAGGGAAGACGACGCAGAGUGAACUCCUUGCAAAGGAAUACAACUUGCUGAACAUCUCCUCCGGUACAAUCUACAGAGAGGGGAAGCAGCCUUUCGUGGAGUUGAGAAGAAUCCUACUCGAGGAGUUUAGUGAGGGAAAAGAGAGGCGAUACAAUGGCGUGGUAUUGGAUCGCUUUGUCGCCAACAGUGAGUUUGAUGCGUUCUAUGUGCAAUCUGCUCUGAAUGCUGUUAAACUACCCAUCCCUUUUGUGUUUAUGCUUGCUGUGGAUCCAGGGCUGGCGGCUAAGCGUGCUGAGUCACGCGGUGACAACAAGUUCGGACACCAACAUUGGCGUGCCGUCGAACAAAAGGCACAAGCCGUCACUGCCAAUACUAUAUACGCCCCAAUCGGACGCUUAAAGACAAUUCGCAUUACCGAUGACGCCACAAUUGAAAAUGUCUUUAAGGAGAUAAAGUCCACAAUUGAAACAGAGUUGCCGGUGGAUCCAUCAGGUAUUGCCCUUCCUUCUGCGGCACGUCGUGAGGUUAAGGGAAUGCGAUUGAUUGGUGAUUACGAAACAUACAUGAAGCUUGCUGCAGAUGUGCACGCGGCAGUGGGAAACACUUACGGCCGACGGGACAGCGCUCCGCUAUCCAGCAUCGGUGCGUAUUUGGAUAAGGAGUACUUCUCAUACGGUCACAAGAACCUGCGCUCCUUACUGUCCACCUUCCAUGUGACAUUGAAGGCGGAUGGAGAACGUUACCUCCUUGUUAAGCACAAGGAGCACGGUUACAUUGGAUUUCCUGCCGUGUUCACGCACUGCUACGACAUGAACGGUCUAUUUGAAGGUGUAGAGAUGCGAUGUGACCUCUCAGCUGAGUCUCAGAAGGCCAUUACCAGGAAGAAUCUUAACUUGCCUGUUGAAUUUCUGCUUGACACAGAGUUGGUAAUUCACGAUGGGCAGCCAACAUUCUACGUCCUUGAUUAUGUGUACUUUUGGGGACUUGAGGCGAAGAAGAUACAGUUUGAAUCUCGACUUAAGAUACUUCGGGAGUACUUUGGGCGAAUGGCUUCGGCUGCACGUGUUGUUCUUCUAAAGGACUAUGUUCCUAUCAACAAGUUGAGAACACUUAUUCCAAAAUGGAAAGAUGCUCAUUUACCCAUAGAUGGUUUGGUAUUUCAGCAUAAUGACACCUACCGAAUCGGUCGCGACAAAUUCCUUGUGAAGUGGAAGCCGGUCGAGCAGUGUACGGUGGAUUUCCGGUUGGCCAACGGUGUGGCAAAGGGAGACGAAUGGACCUUUGAGCUCAUGGUUAGUGAUGACGCUACAGAGAACAGCGGCUUUGGAGAAAUUCUGUACCCCGGCGCCGUUGCCCCGCUUCCGGCAGCAGUGGUAAAGGAAAAUCACCUGUGUAAUGGGAUGAUUGUGGAAUUGUUCCUUGAAAGAAAGGAAACUGAGGAAGGAGCAUCGGCGUCUGCGGCCACGCGGUGGUCCUUCAGAGGUGUUCGAAACGAUAAGCCUGCACCGAACAAGUACAGCAUCGUGAAGAAGAUUGUGGAGCUUAAGCACUUGGACCUGGAGGAACUGACGGACUUGUGCGAGAAGGUACCCUUUUACGGCACGCUUUGA